GCUGGCAAAAUGUGCCGUUAGCCAAUGAUUUAUGCACCGAUCGGCGAUCGCUGGAAGUUGAUAUAAGCGGCAGCUCGCGGCGACUCCCGAUUCAGUUGCCGUGCACAAAUCAAGCCAUGAAGUGGGCAAUACUAUCGUUUCAAUCGCUGCUCGUCCUGGUCCUGGCCAUAGCCAGUGGCCAUUCACUGGUGAGCGCCCGCGAUGAGCUGCGUCCGACUCAAGCGCCGCUGCUGAGCUCCACGGUGAAGCCGACGAGCGCACCCAAGGCAGAGUCAAAGCCCACCAAGCCGCUGAUGAUCAUCAAUGCGCCACCCAUGAAGCAGAAGCAUCUGCUGAAGUCGUCGCUGCAGGUGCAGGAGGCAAAGCCGUUGCAGGUGACGGGCUUCAUCACCAAGUCGGGCGACAUCUACGAGAUCGAGGACAAGCGCGGCCUGGGCCGCAUCGAGCCCCGCCAGGCGGACGACGCCGACGAGCCGCAAAUCGUUUGCAACUACGGCAAUGUGGUCAUCUACAGCGAUGUGCCCUGCGAUCAAGUGACCAAAGUGAAGGUGGGCGAGGUGCAGCCCCUGAAUGGCCCAUCCGAGCAGCAGCAGUCGCAGUCGUCCACCGAGGGCCCGUUGGCCGCCGAUGAGGACGACAGCCAGCAGGCAGCGGCCCAGCCGCUGGCGGGCGACGGCUCCAAUGUGCCGCGCCAGCAGAACAUGCAGCAGCGUCGCCGUCGGCGCCGACCUCAGAAGCAGCAGCAGCAGCAGAUCCGACGUCGCCAGGGCAGCAAUGCCGUGCGACUUGUUCGUCGACGCAACCGCAACGGCAACGCCAAUCGUAACGGCAAUCGUCGCGGCCAGCAGCGCCAGAUGCAGCGCCGUCGCAUACAGCAGCAGCAGCAGCAGCGCCGU